AUGCCCGUUGAGCAAGGGAUGAAAGUGUACGCAUUUGGAUCUAAUGGGAACUAUCAAUUGGGGCUUCCACAGACGGACGCAGACUUCAUUGUCCCGCAACUGACGUUCAUGAACGAGACUGCCUUGAAGAAGAUCGCCUGUGGCGGGAACCACACGUUGAUGUUGAUGGCUGAUGGGACCUGCUAUGGUACGGGUGAUAACUCGAUGCGUGAAAUUAGGGACGAUACCGGUACAGAGAUAUUGAAAGGAUGGCACUUGCUGAAUGACUCGGAGAGUCGAUACAAAGACGUGACUUGUGGUUGGGAAUUUACUGUCAUUUGCAAUUCCCAGAAUGAAAUAUUGAGCCGUGGAAUCGGUGGGAAGGGGGAAUUGGGAUUAGGUGGAAUGUGCAAGAGCGAUAUAUUUAAGAAGGUGAUGGCAUUUGGGAAAGAUGACGAGGUAAAACUAUUCUCAUCGUUCCAAAAUUGUUGUGUCUUGGUCAAUACGGGGACCAAAUCUACGGUUUAUGGAUGGGGUAGCAAUAUGAAAUGCCAAUUGUUUGAACCCCGAACAGGUAAGAAGGUGGACCAGCCGAUAAAGAUAUUUGAAUCGACCACUGACAUUCUAGAUUACGUUUCCAUGGGGAAGGAUUUCAUUGUGUUCGUGAAUAAAUUGGGACAAAUUGUCGAUAUCAAGGGUAAUAUACCGAAGGGGUUCCAAAGGGAAGAAUGGCUACGUGCGGACCAAAAGGGAAUACAAGUCAGUUGUAUGUGGUCUUCCAUUCAUAUAUUAAAGGAAGGCAAGAUUUACUCGUAUGGAUACGGGACUUUUGGCCAAAUAUUCCAGAAUGAAGAGAACCGCUCCUUAUCAGUGGAAGGAUUCACUACUGGGAGUGAACAUGGUAUCCUAGUCCUGCCAGACAAGCACGACAAAACACAACAAGUGUCCUGUUGGGGGUGGGGAGAGCAUGGGAACUGUGGAAGAUUACAGUCUCAACAGGAAUCCCAACAAGAAGAUGUGAACGAUUACUCCAAUAUGAGCUCGCCGCUCAAUACCGUCAUGUCUGGUCUGCCCAACGGUGUACGUAUCUUUGGUGGAUGCUCUUCCACCUGGAUAGUGGUACCGCAUUGA